UCGACGCGCGCAGGCGCACGCGCAACAUGGCCGCCAUGUUAUAAAGUGACAUUUUGACUCUAAAUUACACAAAAACUACCGAAAAAAAACGUUUUGAGGUUUCAUAUGUGUCGAAAAUGGUGAUAAACUCGAUGUUUUGUGCUGAUCGUUUUUGGAAGAGUUUUAUUUUAUAAUUCUAACCAAAAUGGUGUAAACGGAGGAUAAGAAUUUAAGUACAACGAAUCACCAAAACAACCCGCAAUAAGAAGCCUUAAAGGCGUGUAGCGGGUAAGGCUCGGCGCGCGGUCGACCUUACUAACAGGUGAGGCGGCGCAGCCACACAGAACAUGAUACUAAGGGCCCACUGGUUAGCAGCUGAAAUAGACAAGGCUGCGGCAUUCCAGGCGAGCCUACAUUCAAAAGACUCGGCUCAGAUUCUAAAUAGGUUGCCCAGCCCGUUUACGCAGUGUUCGCUAGCCAGUUUAAGACAAGCGCCCGCCUCCGGGCACUCCGCCGGGCCGGCGUGGUGGACCAUGAUGAACGGCGUCGGGGGGGCGCUGUACGAGGAGGCGCACGCGUCGCCCCCCGGGGGAUCCCCGCCGACGGCCCCGACCGCGGCGCCGCCGUCCGCCUCCAGCGUGUCCCCGGCCUCGGUCGGCUCCAACCCCCCGCAGCCCCUGCACAUUCCGGCCAAGCGGUACGAGCCAGAGCCCGGUGUCAUCCGGCACGCGCAGCAGUCCUGGGGCUACCCCCCGGACGCGCCCGGCUCGUUCGAGCACCAGUACCCGACCGCCCCGACCUACUACAACCUGCCGGGCGAGAGGGACCGCAAGACGGGGCUACCGUUCUGGCCGACUGGGGGAGGGGAGUACAAGCCCUACGCCGACGGCUGCCACCAGGGCUUCUCACAGCCCUGCUGGAACUAUCCGUACGGAGCACCUCGGGGGGACCAGCCCUUGUCGUACGUGGGCGGCGAGGAGCGGCGGACGGCGGUGUCGGAGGCGUCGGGCUUCUCUCACGACGCGUACGGCCUGAGGAACUACGCCCCGGAGUCGGUGUCCAGCGCGCCCUACCCGCCUCCGAGCGCCCUGCCCGGAUCCCUAUCGAUGUCAGUCGGCGUCGGCGUCGGAUGCGGCUCCUCCAACCCCCUAGACUGGACCGGCCAAGUCACGGUGCGCAAAAAGCGCAAACCGUACUCCAAGUUCCAAACGUUAGAACUGGAGAAAGAGUUCCUGUUUAACGCGUACGUGUCGAAGCAGAAGCGGUGGGAGCUCGCGCGGAACCUCAACCUCACGGAGCGGCAGGUGAAGAUAUGGUUCCAGAACCGACGGAUGAAGAACAAGAAGAAUUCGCAGCGGCAGGCGGCGCAGGCGGCCCAGAACAACAACAACAACUCCAACGCCAACAACCACAACCACCACGGGCACCACCACGCGCCGCACCACGUGGGGCUGCAUCACCAGCCCGCCAAGCACCACCAGUGACCCGCACCCUUCUCUGGGACCUACCCCCUCCACCACGGGAUAGCGAGCUAAAUCCAAUAGACUAUAGUGUUCCUCCGAUGUGAAGCCGCACCCGUGCUAUGGACGCUCCCCGCGCCGCGGUCCCAGAGAAUCUAGAGAUAGUCAAAGUGUUGUCGAUUUGUGUAUAGUAUUACGAUAAUUUUUACGAGACUAAGUACGUGAGUAGAUAUUGAACGAUAUACUAGUGCGGAUUAUGUAUUUAAAACUUUAAUUAAUCGAUCGAAUAUUAUCUAAUUUUUAGAUAGUUUAUUGAAAUUUUUUGUAAAAUAUUACGUGAGACUGCUUUACUGUUACUCGUGGCGCCGGUCGAGUUGCACCUCGAUCGCCUAUUUUUAUUUUCGUUACCAAAUUGUUGAAUUAGGGUCGCUGGGGUGGCAGUCGCUGACCGCGACCGACGACGUAGUAUAACGAGACAGCGGGCUAGUUGUUUGAGUAGAGUUAGACUUUCCUGUCCUGAUACGUCAUACGAGUUGAUCAAAUAUUUAUUUACUGUUUAUUUUCCUCGUCGCUCUCGAAUGUUAUAAAUUAUGGAGUUCUGAAAGCUUUAACUCGGUUCCAGUAGAAUUAUACAUUAAGUUACUGUUAUGUCUAUUGAGCUAUUGAAGUUGAUGUUAUGAUCGAUGCUAGUGUAAUUUGGGGCGAGUGCAUUAUUGUCUUGCUGUAGCACUGUUCGCGAACCUGACUUAUUUUUGUUUUAGUUGAAUAUUUUAUUAUUUAUUUAUACGCGAAUUAUUAUAAAUAUUAAAUAUUAUCAAUGUAUCGUUCUAGUACAUCGAAGUGAAUAUAUGUUAGGUGUCCUUUGUACAGUUUUUUCAUAUGUAGUAGGUACGUCUGAUAUUUAGAGAUCGUCUCGGUCUUAGAUACUAUUCUAUGUAAUUUCUACUUAAUUCUAUAUUUAUGUAUUAAAUGUUCUAUUGUGUAAUUAGUGACUCUGCAAUAUGUAUCUGAUACUUUAGAUGUUGUACAAAGUGACCUCUUCUAGGUGACCGAAUUUUUACAUAAGUGCAGUGGAACUUUUGUGAAUAUUUCAAUGAUCACUAGUUUGUGGAUUGGCCGAGAGAAAUUUUAAAAUAUUUAAAUAUUUUGUUUUUCAUCUACCUGCAUAUACUU